AGUGCUUGUUGUUCUGAGUAACAAGUACCAAGAUGGAAUUGAAGACGCAGUGUAUCUGUCUCCAGAUCGUGUUUUUGCUGAUAUCCCUCACCCCUGGGUAUGCCACAGUCUUCUAUCACUACACGGACGAAGCUGGCGCGGACGCUAUAGAAAAGAGUGGCUACAUACGACAGAGCACAAAUCCGAGAUACGCUCAUUUUGGAAAAGGAGUGUAUGGCACUGGAAUGGGUCCUGCCUCGGGCAAGGCGGCAAUUGCUAAAAACAACUACCAAGGCGGAUGGGAGGCUAACUUGAGAAGAGGGCGAGUAGAUUAUGCAUUCAGGUUCGACUUGCCCAGUUAUAAAGUGAAUCGGGUAUCAAAGGAUCGUGACAUUCUCCUGUACAAAGGUGAUCUCAUUCUCAAGGACAACCCCUAUAAAGUGUACGCGUGAAAUUCACAGUGUCGUUGAUAUCCUUCGUGGCAACAGAGCGUUCUUUGAUAAUCGCAUUUCCCAUUGCUCUUGGAUUGUCACCAAAAUCAUGGUAAUUUUGAACAAGAAGAAACGUUAAGUACAAUAUAAUGUCAAACACAUUAACUGAAUAAAAAAUGAAUAUCGAUAUUGUUAAAUAAAUAGUCAACACUUA